CCUCAAAGCACUUAUAAACAAAAACAUUUCAAGUCACUAUAAUUUAAGAUGCGGCAUUUAUUGAAAGGUGUAAAUUCAAUAAGAAAUCUGCAAAAAUGUCUGCUACAACAAACUGCUGCUACUUACAGUACGCAAAAGCAAUUGGCGAACGAAUUGUUUACUGCACAGUACUGUGUUAAUUUAGUGGAGAAAAACGAUUAUGAGAAUUAUUUAUGCACAUUGUUGUUGAAUGGUGACCAUCGACGCCAUGCAUUCGCGUUGAGAGCCUUCAAUGUUGAGGUGGCCAAUUGUGGUGCUAAGGUGACUGAAGAGCAUAUAAUAAAAUUAAAAUUGAAAUUUUGGUAUGAUUCAAUUGAUAAAUGUUUCUCCAAUGAAGUUUCUUACGUUGCCGAUCAUCCAGUUUUGCGUGAAUUAAAAAAUACAGUGGAUUCAAAUAAGCUGAGUAAAAUUUAUUUGAAGCGCUUAGUUACAGCACGUGAUCGGCCACUGAACCAACCAUUCCUUACAGUUAAACACCUAGAAGAGUAUGCUGAACAGGUGUUUUCAUCAUUAUUUCAUCUUUUAGUGGAACUAAAUGGAAUUAAGGACAUACAAGUUGACCAUGCGGUAUCGCACCUGGGAAAAGCACAAGGUAUUGCCACGCUUUUAAGAGCGAUACCAUAUAAGGGACGCAGUCAAGCAUUGAAUAUACCGCAAGAACUGUUAAUAAAACACGGUGUCAGCCAGGAACGCAUAGUGAGAGACAAAGUUGACGAUAAAGGUGUAGAGGAGUGUAUUUUUGAGGUGGCAUCUGUGGCACAUCAACACUUGGAAAAGGCUCGUAGCCUCAUUGAUAAAGUACCCAAAGACGUGCGCAAAUUUUUCCUGCCUUCGAUCGCGGUGGAACGAUAUUUAGAACGCUUACGAAAAUCGAAAUUUAGAUUAACUGAUCAAAGAUGCUUGCAGAGAGAUUCAAUGCUACCGAUUUCAUUGUAUUGGUGUAACUUACGCAGGCGUUAUUAAAUAUUUAUUGUGGAUCUUCAGCAAAUUCAAUCGGAAUGAAACGCCAAUUCUUUGC